GGGCGCAGGCUCCCCGGUGCCCGCCCCUCCGCUCCGGGGGGGCACGAGCGGGCGGCCGGGGGGGGGGGCCGGCACCGCCGCCGCAAAAUGAGCCUGCUGUCGGCCAUCGACACGAGCGCCGCCUCGGUGUACCAGCCGGCCCAGCUGCUCAACUGGGUCUACCUGUCGCUGCAGGACACUCACCAGGCGAGCGCCUUCGAUGCCUUCCGGCCCGAGCCGCCCGCCGGCGCCGCGCCCCCAGAGCUGGCCUUCGGCAAGGGCCGCCCAGAGCAGCUGGGCUCGCCCCUGCACUCCAGCUAUCUCAACAGCUUCUUCCAGCUGCAGCGCGGAGAGGCGCUGAGCAGUAACGUGUACAAGAGCGCCUCGCCCUACGGCUCCCUCAACAACAUCGCCGACGGCCUCAGCUCCCUCACCGAGCACUUCUCCGAGCUGACCCUCACCUCUGAGACCCGCAAGCCCAGCAAGCGGCCCCCGCCCAACUACCUGUGCCACCUGUGCUUCAACAAAGGGCACUACAUCAAGGACUGCCCCCAGGCACGCCCCAAAGGCGAGGGUCUGACCCCGUACCAGGGCAAAAAGCGCUGCUUCGGCGAGUACAAGUGUCCCAAGUGCAAGAGAAAAUGGAUGAGCGGGAACUCCUGGGCCAAUAUGGGGCAGGAGUGCAUCAAGUGCCACAUCAACGUGUACCCACACAAGCAGAGACCCCUGGAGAAGCCCGAUGGCCUGGACGUGUCCGACCAGAGCAAGGAGCACCCCCAGCACCUGUGCGAGAAGUGCAAGGUGCUGGGCUACUAUUGCCGGCGCGUGCAAUGACCCGGCCACCUGCUGGGCCCCGCCGCCCUCCUGCCAGCCAGAGAAGACGCCACCCCCCUGCGUGUCCCCUGUGUGCGCGCGGGGGCAUCCUCGCAGGCUUACAGGUCUAGGGGGUGGGCUCUUGGCUCAUGUAUGUUGACAGACAGUGUUACUGACGUAGCUGCGCCCCCAGAAGGCCAGGUCUCUGCGACUCUCUACGGGGGGCCCUGGGUCUGUGUGGAGGGGAUAGGGCAAGCAGAGGUCAGCGCACAGGACCACACAGAGCCCUUGGUGUCCCCGCAGGCUCUCCUCUGAGACUCUCUUUGGGGUGAGCAGCCUUGUAUUGGCCACGAGUGCACUAAAUUUACUGUGAAUCCCAGAGCCUGCAGGGGACUGUCUCCCCAAGACCGGCCAGGCUGCCUUUUCCCACCCAGAACCUUCCAGUUUGCCCUGUGUGAAAAGCCACUCUUAGAAAGCCCUAAUUUUCUGUCUAAGUCAGCACUCACGGCAAGCUGACACCUGUUCUCGCAGCUGCUGGGGAGCGGGCAUCUCUGCCCCCUGCCACUUUGAGCCCCAAACCUGACUGCCUCUGCCGUCACUGGUAUUGCACCCGGGCGCCGCACCCUGCCCCCCCCCACCCCGAUAGACCCAGAGGUCAGGCACGGGGAGGCACUGAAUGUUGGACAGUGUUCCAAGGUGUGACCUGGGGCACAUCAGGCAAUGCCUCCCCCCUCUCCCAGCACAUACUACCCCCACUUGCUUGGAUUUUGUCAGCCCCAUUCCCUUCCCCUCUCCCUCCCCUCCCACCCACGCUAGGGGGCCACCCCCUGAUGGAGGCUACAGGACCCAGCAGGGAAGCCACUCUGGCUGGAAGGACACAGGCCUGGCAGAUCAAAGACCCCGGUUUUAACGCUGGCCUCACCACUGACACAGUGAGGAGCCUGGGAAGGAUUCUCAUCUCUCUGCUUCGUUACUAGUUAAGUGAGAGAAUGACAGCAGAGAGCCGAGAGACCCAUUUCUGUUCUGAUGUUCUGGGAUUCAGCCUGGCUGUGUGCCGUCUCCUGGAGCAGAAAGGUUUAUUUGGACAGUAUCCCCAGGUCCCGUACCCCCAGUAUCAUCCGUCAGUCGGUCACUUAAGAAGUCAUGCAGAGGGAUCCCGGUCCUCCCCUGUCGCCCCUGCAGGCCCAGCCCUGCCUGUUGUCCCUUACCCUGCAAACGUGAAGGAGAGGGUUUCCCCCACCCCAAGACAAGCUACAGAACCUCUCGUUUGCAAAGUGGGGACAAUGAUUCCUACCUCCCGAGGCGGGGGGAGGCCUCUUGGCGCUCACACUGGUCAGGGCGACGUUGUCCUGGCUAGCGGGGGGAUCGCCUUCCUCUUCGCUCUCUCCCCAGUGAGAAGUCCUAUUUUUAUUGUCGUAUCACCCCUCCUUUCUCCCAGGGGAACCGGCUGUCAGAGCUGGGUCACUUGAUUUUGCCCCAACAUUAUGCCUCUGGAAAAAAAAAAAAAAUCAGACCACGAAAUGGGCCUGAAAUUCAGUGUUUACCACGGCUCAAGGACACCCAACCCGUGUCCAGUUGCCUUUUGUUUUCAAAUGAAAAUGCUUUGUACAACUGAGGAGUUACAGCAAAGUGUUAAUCAGGGGUCCAGGGAGUGAGUCGAAGAGAUGGAGUGAGUGCAUUUGCAGCCACAGGGCUGCAGGGUAGAUUUGGGCGGGGGCGGGGGGGCAUGCCCUCUGAGCAUUUAAGAAGGGUGUAUUUGCUCCAGCCUGAGCCCCGUAGCGGCCUCCCUCCGGCCUGCCCCUGACUGUGAACACGCUCACCGCCCACUGAGGAAUCCCUCCCAGCCGCUCCCUGCCUGCUCCACGGUGUCAAGGUGAGCCAGAGUCACCCUGUUCCAGGGCUCUCUGUCCGCAAGGAGAAGCUGUUACUGUCAGUCAUCCUAGUGCCCUGCUAACGAGAACAUUCUCAGUGGUGGGCAGUGUGCUGGUCUCCGCUGCGAGGACCAGGUCCCAACCCUUCCAGGGACCUGGCUCCACAGGGGGACCUUGGCCUCAGGUACCUGGGCUGCAGUCGUGGGGGAAGCCCACACCCUAUAGAAAGAACCCAGGCUCCAGACCCCUGGAGGCCAGGGCCUUCCACAGGCCAAGAGGAGAAGGGAUAUCACCCCAAAGUGACCUUUGCAGUGGGUUUGUCCAGCUGGCAGCCAUUGCCCCAGCCAUCUGUGCAGAGCUGGCCACUGCAGGGGCUGGGCCCUCCCUAUGAGGCAGCCCUUCCACACCGCCCCCUCCUGCACUGUUUGGCUGAAUUUGGGAGCUCUGUGUGCUCAGCGAAAGCCACUGCUGUCCGGGCUGGUGCUGUGAGAAUCAAGUGCUCAGAGGGCCUGGGCACCCAGGAGACAAGAAAGUGUGUGGUUUUAGUACGUUCAAAGGGACAAUCGCUUGCAGUUAGGAGAUCUAGCGAUCCAGUUGGGAGAGAACGGUGUUUACCCCAUAUGAAGUAUUCAAUAGUUCUACUUGUGAAUUUGUAUUUAUUUUGAGUUAUACUUGACACAGAAUUCCUUUUUUUUUUU